UCAUUGAUGUGAUUUUUUUUUAAGUUUUCACACGAUAAAAAAAGACUUUUACUUUGUGAAUUCGUCACAAUCUGGUAAACGGUCGAGCAUUCAAAGAAAAUGUCCCCUCACGGAAAUGAAGUUCGAUCAAAUACUUUUUAUCAUAAUGUGGCAAACGAGCAAGCGGCCACCUGAAUCUGCCAAACUGGCGAGAUGUCUUCGAACUUAAGGCCACGGGAUCGAAGACUCAGUGAUUAAUUUACACAAUUUGACAAUUGUAAAAAUUAAAUGUUAUAACGUGUUAUAUAGGCAAUGAUACUAGAUAGUGAUGGACAUUAAAGUGAUGUGAUAUAUAUUGGUGUGAUGUGAUCGUGUGAUAGUAGUCAAUAUGCCGACGGGGCUGUGUCGGUUCUUCGCGUCAGCAGCACUGCUCGGCGCUACACUAGCUAUGGCUGCCAAAAGCGUGCCUAUGACCCAGCUGGUUGCAGUGGCCGGAGAGCCGGUGUACUUACCAUGUGACAUCGCCACGCAGGAUGAAGACGACGCGGUAUUGCUUGUCUUAUGGUACAGAGAAGAUCUUGGAACACCCAUAUACAGCGUGGACGCUCGGGAACGUGACUUCGGUGUGGCAGAACGGUGGUCAGAUGAGAGCGUAUUUGCAUCGAGAGCGUACUUCCUACCGGAGAGAAGACCAGCAGAACUGGGAGUGGACCGCGUCAGAGCGUCCGAUCAAGGAAUAUACAGGUGUCGAGUUGACUUCAAACAGGCGCAAACAAGAAAUUCUAGAGUCAACUUGACAGUUAUAGUUCCGCCAAGUAAAAUGGUGAUAACGGACGAUAAAGGCGAUGUGAAGCAAGCUAUUGUCGGUCCAUAUAUAGAAGGGGAUACGUUUACGUUAAAAUGCGACGUGACUGGAGGUAGACCUCGUCCGUGGGUGAAAUGGUUCCGUGAUGACGUGGAAGUGGACACGGCCGCGGCGCCGCUGGCUGCAGGCGUGCGUGGCGUGCUGCACGUGGGCCCGCUCAGCCGGGCUGAUGUCCGCGCUACACUCACCUGCAGAGCCUCCAACCAUCUUAGAGCACAUCCUAUUGAAACUACCCUCACUUUGGAUAUGAACUUUCCACCAUUAAGCGUGCAUAUUCUCGGGUCAAACCAACCGUUGUCAGCGAGUAGGAGAUAUGAUUUGCUCUGCCAGAGCUCCGGCUCCCGCCCGCCUGCUUCUAUCACAUGGUGGAAGAAUGGACAUAGGAUAAACAACGCUAAAGAAACGCUGUCAUCUGAUGGAAACACAACGACGUCGACUGUGUCUUUACAACUGACCAAAUCAGAUGCGGGAGCAAAGCUGGCCUGCAGAGCCUCCAACCCUCAGAUGCCAUCAGUCGCUGCGUUGGAAGACGACUGGUUGUUAGACAUACAAUAUGUUCCCGAAACUACAGUAAGAUUAGGGACAAAUUUGGAUCCGAAGAAUAUUAAAGAAGGGUCAGAUGUAUAUUUUGAUUGCAUAAUCAAAGCACAUCCUUAUGUAUACAAAGUAGAAUGGAGACAUAAUGGUAAAUCACUAGUACAUAAUGUAGGACAUGGAAUAAUAAUAACGAACCAGUCUCUAGUGUUACAAGGCGUUGGAAGGAAAACAGCUGGAAAUUACACGUGCGUCGGAUUCAACGCCGAGGGGGAUGGGGAGAGUAAACCAUUUACUUUAAACGUUUUAUAUGCCCCGACGUGCCGCAGCUCGCAGCAGCGGGUGCACGGUGUUGCUAAGCAGGAGCGCGCGCAUAUCACCUGCCACGUGGACGCCAACCCCGCUGAUGUCAGCUUCCGGUGGACAUUCAAUAACACCGCAAACAGCAACGACGUGAGCGAGGGCUACGUGUCGCGCGCCGGCACCAGCUCUACCGUCAGCUACACGCCGCGCACCGAGCUGGACUACGGCACGCUGCUGUGCUGGGCGCGCAACCGCAUCGGCAGGCAGCGCGUGCCUUGCGUCUACCACAUCAUCGCUGCCGGUCGACCAGAUCAAGUUCACAAUUGCACAGUCGUGAACGCAUCAUUAACUUCAUUUGGUGUUCGUUGUUCAGAAGGAUUUAAUGGCGGAUUACCACAAUCGUUUCUACUUGAAGUCCGGGAAAUAGUUACACAGGAAAUUAUAGGAAAUGUAUCGAGCGCUGUGCCGCGCUUUACUGCCGUUGGUUUAGAACCAGGCAGGACGUACGCGGCUGCAGUUCUAGCAUACAAUGCUAAAGGGCGAGGAGACCCGUACCCGCUGAGAGCGAGCACGCUGCGCCCUCCAGAGAAACACCACGUACAUGAUAAGAGUUUAGAUUUACCAAGAACAGCGUUCCAAAUAUCCGGAGCGAUGUCAGCGGCGGUAGGGUGCGGGGGCGUGCUGAUGGUGGUGCUAGUGCUCCUCAUGCUAGCAGUGCGACAGAAGUGCGCCAAGAGGAAGCCGCGUUCUGCGCCGCCGCCCUCGCAGCCCGCCUCGCCGGACAAACUGCGAGAGAAGGACGACAGUGAGAGUGAUGACAGGAAUCCUGAUAUUAUACCAUCCGACACAGAUCAUAUGCAGAUCGACUACUUCCGCCAGCAGCAAGUGUCGACAAUCUCCCCUCCGCCGGGAAGCAGGGCGGCGCGGGGCAGCGUGGCGGGGGUGCGGGGCGGCAUUCCCGCUUACUGUCCGCUCAGGACAGCUCCGCCGGGACAUCCACAAAUGCACGAUACUACGAGCGCACCAUCGAGCAUUCCGCCUCCGGCGCGAUUCGCUAGCGGUGCGUGUACCCUACCGCGCGGAGCGGGCGCGUGCGGCACAAGCGGGGCGGGCAUCCCGCUGCAGCACCUUCGCACGUUGCCGCGCCCGCUGCCCGCCCCCGCGCCCGCACCGCGCCACACGCCGCGCGACACCCCACUCUGACAAACAACGCAACUUUAGAACAAGUGUACAUAAAACAGACUUUCAAAGAAUGCUCAAAGUUUUUAGAAGCUUUGGAUAUAGCGAACGGUUUACGUACCACGAAUUGACCUACUUUCGUUUCAAAAGUUUGACACGCUAAGUAUUAAUUUUGAUACACUAGAAAAAUUACCUUAAUUAGU